AUGGACCCUCCGGCAGGUCGAGAGGAUGUCGUGCACCCCGAGGUUCGGGCGCAUAUCAACAGUCUAGUGUCUGCUCUCGGAGGCUUCAAUGAUGAGGACGAUGGCACAUACUAUAGACUGGGAGACGAUGCGCUUGACGUCCUCCGCGACAUCAAAAAAUGGAUUCGCUUCUACGACGAGAAGACCAACCGCAUGGACGUUGCGCGGUGUCUGGCCGACGCAAACCUUGUCAGCGGCGAUCUGAUCCAUAUCCUCGCCCUCUGGAGUGAAAAUGGUAGAGACGAUAAAUACAAGGCCAAGGUGGCGCUGGCCUGCUUCGAGCUCUUGGCCCCCUUGACGUGGCCCAUCGAGAAGAACCGCGAGACUAUGACCAACAAUCAUCAUAGGCACGUCCCGGUGCUGGAACUCGCACAACUCAAGUACAAGCGGGAUAUCAUCAAUUUCGACAGCGCACGCUUGUUACAUACGGCAGUCCGUGCCGCCCUGCCUUCCAUGGCCCUGCCCAUUGGGGACAGGACGCAGAGGGACGGCGGUAUCAUCAAGCUGGUGCUGUACUUUCUGCGCAAUAUCGCCCUGAUCGCAUCAACUCCCGGGAUGAAGACUGAGGGUGACGAGUCCCAGAUAUCGCGCUCGGCCACAAUCGACGCAUUCUCGUACCAGGACAUCUUCUUCACAAUCCUAACACUGGCAUCGAACAUGGGCGAAGACUUCAAGACAGAGGAUGUGAUCGUGAUGGAGAUUAUUUUUCAUCUGAUCAAGCGGGUCGACAACAAGAAACUCUUCCUCAACGAAGAGGAGCUGCGAAAGGUCAAGACAGGCGAGUUGGCCGACGCAAUGAAGAAGGAGGCCUCCAUGUUGCGGUCCUACAACCGGAAAGCACCCACUAGGCACAGCCGUUUCGGCACGAUGCUCUGGGUCCAGAAGUCAGACGGGAAGGUCUCGUCACUGUCUGGCCAGGGCGCACUGGCUGAUGUCUCCGCGAGAGAGCGGAAGAUGGACGAAUCCAAGACCUUCCGACCGCCGAGACGAGCCGCCAAGGAGGCUAUGGAGCCGGUUGCCCUCGGACCACCUGUCGUAUUGAAUGCGCGAGCAAACAAGCAGCUUCGCGAUUUUGUUGAAGAGUUCUUAGACUCUGGUUUCAACCCUCUGUUCCAGCAAGUGCGGAAGACCCUCGAGAGGGAAGGUGUCGAGGUCAUGUCACAUCAUCCCCAACAGUUCUUCUACACUGUUGCCUGGUUCCUUGAGACGGAGCGUGCCAGACAACAUUCAAAAAGGGGGCAAAAGCCGUCUUCAGAUGAACAAGUCAGCAGUUACCAGCUCGUCGCUACCGUCCUGAACCAAGAAAUGUUCAUCACUGUAAAACGCUUCCUCGUCAAGUCUUACAGCGACGGCAACUGGAGAGAGCUGAAUGCCGUCAUGCGCUGCUUGACGCAGAUUCUCUUGACAGUCCAGGAGAUGUUUUCAUCAGACAACGAGGAGGAUCAAGAAAUCGCCGAGAACGCGCUGGGCCGGCUUUUCUACGAAGAGGUCACCCACGAUACCAUUGUCAAUAUUGUACGCACAUACAAAGAUCAGGGCUUCGAUUACCUGGACGCAUGUAUAGAACUGGUUCACACGUACAUGCGGGUCCUGGAAGCAUAUUCAAAAGAGAACGUGGAUAUGCAGGUCCGCUCCAAGAGGCGGACUAGGACGAAGAAGAAGAAGGCUCAGCAGGCUACAGGCGCAGAUGAUGCGGAGGGCAAUGACCAGGGAGAUGGAGAUGACGACUCUGCGGAUGACCAGGCUGCCGCAGAGAAGACCAGCCAGGAACGGAAAUUCGACUUCAAGAAGUUCGCCAACAGAUUUGUGGUCCAAGGUGUAGUGGACACCUUCGUCAAAUACAUGAACUACUACAGGGAUCUCGACGACUCUCAGUUGAAAAGGGCACAUCGGUAUUUCUACCGACUGGCCUUCAAGCAGGAUAUGAGUGUGAUGCUCUUCCGUGUCGACAUCAUACAUCUUUUGUACAACAUGAUCAAGGGACCUGAGCCUCUGGACAAAACCCUUGGCAUGUACAAGGAAUGGGAGGAACUCGUGAAGCAAGUGAUCAGGCGGUGUAUGAAGAAGAUCCAGGAGCGCCCAGCGUUGAUCAUUGAGCUAUUAUUCUCCAAGACGAACUCUACGGCUUACUACCUGGAGCAUGGCUACGACAAGCAGGUUCUCAGCACUACUACGCCCAAACCUGCGGCCGAACUCGAGUUCCGGCGGGUAGACCUGGCUUUGGGUGAGCAGAUUGCAAUCGCUGUCAGUCUGUUGCUCGAGAAGGAAGAAUCAGACCACUUAGAAUGGGUGAAAACUCAGUUGAUCGCCUGUGAAAAGCAGCGUGAGGCGUGGGAGGCAUCGGAGAAGGCGAGGCUCCUGCUCGAGGCACCUGAUGGCAGUAUGGCCUUGCCAGACAACUGGGAGGUGGCGAUGAAAGAGCCCGAGAUGUUCAUCAUCCUUUCCGACGACGAUGCACGAAAAACAGCCGUCUUCAAGAACCCACGCCUACGUCUGUUAAUGAAGGUUGUCGGCUUCGAGCGUCUCGCUCCCGCCUUGGACGAAGAGCUCGGUUCAGCCUGGAUCAUCCCACCACGCCACUCGGCUGAGGAUCUCGGAGAGUAUAGGGAUUUGAUCAACAAGGCGAUGGAUAACCCCGCGAUAUUUGGGGACGGCGAGACCGCCGAUGCACAAGUCCGCCGCAAGGCUGCCCCUCGUAAGAAGGCCGUCUACGACGAUGACGAAGAUGACGGUGCCAAUGACUUCCUGGAUGACGGUGACAACGCCAUGUUUCCCAAGAACGCCCGCUGGGAGAAGGUCGGCGACGCAGGGACCAAGAAGCGCCGUACGCGCCGCAACAAAGACAACCUGGAUAGCGAGGACGACACCAAUGAUCUAACCACGGAGGAAAGAGAUGCUGUCCGUGACAGGAGGGCUCACAAGCGCCGCAGGCGCGACCUCGAAAGGCAGCUCAAGAUCAAGUCCGCGCUGUACAUCGACCCGGCCGAUGAUGAGAGCGAUCCCGAGAAUGACGCCGAGUUCUUUGCUCGGGAGGAGGCGAUCCGCCAGCGCGUAAGCAAGGCGCUUGAGUUCGCCCCGACGGAUGUGUCGCAGCUUCAGGAGAGACUUGCGCCCGCGGCGGCAAUCGCCGAGACCAUGAGACGGCUGAUGGCGGACAGCGAUGAUGACGAGCAGCCCACAGCGACGGAGAGUGAUGGUGAUGGUGAUGGGUCGCCAUCUGCCAGGCCUAGGAAGAGGAAAUCCGAAGCGAUGGAUUUGAGUGAUGUGGGUGCUGGUGCGGAUGAGACAAGUUCACCGCCUGUUAAGAAGCCGAAAAGCAGGCUUGGUUUCCUGGUUGACAGUAGUGACGAGGAGGAUGAGGACAUGGACGAUGCCGAAUCUUCUUCUGAUAACGCUGGCGCUGAUGAAGAGGAGACUGUUGAAAAUCGGUCCCCUCUCAAAGAGAAGGACAGCAAUGUGUCUGCACAAAACAGCAGCAAGUUUGAUGAUGCUGAUGAUGGCGAGGAUGAUGACAUUCCUGUAGCCACCAAGAGACGACCGAGGGUGAAGAGUGGAUUUGUCUUGGAAGACAGCGAUGAGGAAUAGUUGUUGUUCUAAGCAUUUGUUCUGUUGCAGGAGUUAAUGUGGACAGAUCAGAGUCUUUGAGUUUAGCUGGCAUCUGUUUGCACUGAAGUUGGAGGUAUCCAACAAGGCUGGAGGAAUAGAAUUGAGACAUGUUUCCCCUUCGCC